GUGCUUACCCCUCGUCCUAACUACCUCUUUCUUUGCUGGCUUCAUUGUUGCUGUAUUUUUGUCCUAUUCAUCCAUUUGGGAGCUCUUCCAUUUGCUGUCAUUCAUUUGGAUCCUGACAUUAUCCUGUUUAUUUGCACCAAGAGAAGAGCAGUGAAACCCAAAAUUUGAAGGCACCCAUGAUGUCUUUACCGUUCUACCAAAGACACCACGAGCACUAUGACCGUGCGUACCGCCACAAAGCGCUGUCCUCCACUGUGAGCCAGUACCAAAAGGAGACAAAGAGCAAAUCUGCUGUGUAUGCUCAAGGAUCUGCAGCUUACACCAGGGGCUCCGCAGCCUAUCGCCACUCGUCUGCAGCAGGCUUCAGCCUUGACUCCUCAGCAGCUUACAGCCAUGGCUCUUCAGCCUACGACCUCGACUCGGCGGUCUACAGCCAUGGAUCCACAGCCUACGACCGCUCUGCCACGCAAAGCAAGAGAUCUGCUGCCUACAGCCUUGACUCUGAGUCCCUCAGCACCAGCUCAGCUGCCUACAGCCAUGCAUCUGAAUCCAUCAACAAGCUGGCUGCAGCCUACAGGCUGGGGUCUGAAGCCUACAGUUUUGGACUGAAGAAUUCCAACUUAAUGAUAGAAGAUCAGUCCUAUAAGAUGAGUCCCAAAGCAAAGAGAGCAAAACAGAGUUUGAUAUCAGAGGACAAAGAAAACGAAGCCUUAGACUACUCGGUGCCCAUAUUCACAGGACGACAAGUGAAUAUCAGUGGUAUCACAGACACUGAAGAAGAGAGAAUCAAAGAAAGUGCCGCAUAUGUUGCCAAGAGGAACCUUUUUGCCACAGGGGAAGGAGUUAGUGUCAGCAAGGUGGCCAAGACAACUUCUGAAGAGGAGCAUCACGAAAAAAAAUCAAGGAAAGUGGCGAUCCGGGAGUCUGCUGAACGUGUAGCCAUGAAGAAAACGCUAGAAGAGACUCAGGCAUUCCAUAGGAAGUUGAAUCAAGAUAAACUCUUACAUCCUCCUGAGUUUAUCAUUGAGCCUCGUUCCCACACUAUCUGGGAAAAGGAAAAUGUUCGAUUUAAUUGUUCUGUGGCUGGCUGGCCAGAACCCCGUGUUACAUGGUACAAGAAUAAUGUGCCCAUUGAUGUACAGGCUCACCCGGGCAAGUAUAUCAUUCAAAGUCGAUAUGGGCUGCACUCCCUGGAGAUUACCGAAUGUGACUUUGACGACACUGCCCAGUACCAUGCCUCUGCUAUGAAUGUCAAAGGAGAAGUUUCAGUUUAUGCUUCCCUCGUGGUAAAGAGGUACAAAGGAGAAAUUGACGCAAGUCUUUUGCAUGCUAGAAAUCUUUCCCUCUCUCCAUUUGCUGUUACCCCUCAUGGCUAUGCUUCCAGGUUUGAAAUCAGCUUUGUCGACAAGUUUGAUGUAGCCUUUGGGAGAGAAGGGGAAACAAUGAGUCUGGGCUGCACAGUUGUCAUCAAUCCUGAUAUCAAGCGCUUCAAACCAGACAUUGAGUGGUACAGAAAUGGUGUUCCUAUCACACCAUCCAAAUGGGUCCAGAUGCAGUGGAGCGGGGAGCGAGCUUCUCUGACACUGACUCAUGCCAACAAGGAAGAUGAAGGUCUUUACACGCUCCGAGUGGCGAUGGGAGAGUACUAUGAGGAGUACAGUGGUUAUGUCUUUGUUCGAGAUGCUGAUGCUGAAAUCCCUGGAGCCCCUGGAGCACCACUAGAUGUGCAGUGCUUAGAUGCCAACAAAGAUUAUGUCAUUGUCUCCUGGAAGCAACCCGCUGUCGAUGGAGGAAACCCCAUCCUUGGAUAUUUCAUUGACAGGUGUGAGGUUGGCACCUCCCACUGGACCCAGUGCAAUGAGAAUCCCGUGAAGUUUGCUCGUUUUCCUGUCACUGGUCUGAUUGAAGGCCGUUCCUAUAUUUUCCGAGUCCGAGCUGUGAACAAGGCUGGUGUCAGCCUGCCGUCCCGGGUGUCAGAGCCUGUGGCUGCUCUGGAUCCUGCAGACAGAGCCAGGCUUAAAAGUCACCCUUCUGCUCCUUGGACUGGACAGAUUAUUGUGACUGAGGAAGAACCUGCAGAGGGUGUUGUUCCUGGUCCCCCCACAGACCUCCAAGUUAUUGAGGCCACCAAGAACUAUGUUGUGCUUAGCUGGAAACCUCCUGGACAGCGGGGCCAUGAGGGUAUCAUGUACUUUGUGGAAAAGUGCGUUGCUGGCACAGAGGACUGGCAAAGGGUGAACACCGAGAUCCCUGUGAAGUCCCCUCGCUUUGCAGUUUUUGAUUUGUCUGAAGGCAAAUCCUACUGCUUCCGAGUUCGCUGCUGCAAUUCUGCUGGAAUCGGUGAACCCUCAGAAGCAACUGAAGCCACUGUAGUGGAUGACAAACUCGAUAUUCCCAAAGCUCCCGGCCGUAUUAUGCCAACUAGGAACACAGACACUUCAGUUGUUGUCACUUGGACAGAGCCCCCAGAUGCCAAGGAGCUGGUUGGGUACUACAUUGAGUCAAGUGUGGAGGGAUCUGGUCGUUGGGAACCAUGUAACAACAAUCCAGUGAAAGGAACAAGAUUCGUUUGCCAUGGGCUCAGCACUGGUGAGAAGUACAUUUUCAGAGUCAGAGCUGUGAAUGCAGCGGGACUCAGUGAAUUUUCACAGGAAUCAGAACCUAUAGAGGUGAAAGCAGCCAUUGGGGGAGGAUUGCAUCAUGGUGUGUGUCCUGAACUGAGUGGUAAAGCUGCUGGACUAACAGACCGCACUACCAGCUGGGAAGGCAUGCAUGGGGCCUCCCAGCCUAUCUUUGACACAGAUGCUUUGCUAAAAUGCAAUGCUAAAUUUAAUAGAGAGACACUGCCCAGUAGCUGUGGCAAAUUGGGGAGUACAGGAGACAGUAACACGAGAGGAAUGGUUAAGGACCCUGUCACAUCUGCACCACAAAAAGUUGCUGCUAAGCAGGCAAGUAAGUCUCGACCCGGGGAUCUUUUGACAGUGGAAAAAGUUACAAAGAAGAAAGAUACAGCUGCUCCAUCUCCACCUUACGACAUCGUGGUACUCGAGAGUGUUCGCGACUCGAUGGUGCUGGGAUGGAAACAGCCUGAAGCCAUUGGUGGAACUGAAAUCACCGGCUACUACGUGAACUACAGGGAAGUGGUUGAUGGAGUUCCUGGGAAAUGGAAGGAGGCCAACAUUAAGGCUGUUACUGAGAGGGCAUACAGGAUCCAAAACCUGAAGGAAAACAUGGUGUACCAGUUCCAGGUGGCUGCUGCUAACCUGGCAGGGGUUGGGGCACCCUCCAAACCCAGCAAGCCCUUCAAAUGUGAAGAGUGGACCAUUGCUGUGCCCGGGCCACCCCAUGAUGUCAAAUGCACAGAAGUUAGGAAAGACUCUCUGGUUUUACUGUGGAAGGAACCAGUUUAUUCUGGUCGCAGCCCCAUAGUUGGUUAUUAUGUUGAUAUGAAGGAAACUGAAGCAAAGGAGGAACACUGGAGAAGUGUCAAUGAGAAGCCCCUUCAAAAGAAAUUCUUGAAGAUUGGUGGCCUGACACAAGGUGUGAGCUACGUGUUUCGUGUGCGGGCAACAAACCAGGCUGGUGUUGGGAAGCCAUCAGAUGUCACAGAUGCUGUCAUAGCAGAAACACGACCAGGAACCAAGGAAGUGGUGGUUGAUGUAGAUGACAAUGGCGUAAUUUCCUUGAACUUUGAAUGUGAUCAGAUGUCUCCAGACUCUAAGUUCAUUUGGUCCAAGAAUUAUGAACCAAUUGAGGAUGACCCUCGACUGAACAUCGAUACCAAAGGCGGAAAGUCAAAACUUUCCUUUAAGGAUCUUGGAGAAGAUGAUCUGGGAAUUUACUCUUGUAUUGUUACAGACACUGAUGGAGUUUCAUCAAGCUACACAAUUGAUGAGGAAGAAAUGAAACGCCUGCUUGCUCUGAGCCAUGACCGCCAAUUCCCAACUGUCCCACUUAUCUCUGAGUUGGCAGUGGAAAUCUUGGAAAAAGGAGAAGUGAGAUUCUGGCUGCAAGCUGAAAAACUGUCUGGCAAUGCAAAGGCCAAUUUUGUAUUUAAUGAUAAGGAGAUUUUCAAUGGAGAGAAAUAUAAAAUGAAGGUGGACAAGAAUACCGGCCUUAUUGAAAUGAUUAUGGAUAAACUUGAGGAGAAGGAUGAAGGCACUUACACGUUCCAGCUGCAGGAUGGAAAAGCAACCAAUCAAUCUAGUCUUGUCCUCAUUGGUGAUGUAUUCAAGAAGCUACGGGAUGAAGCAGAUUUCCAGAGAAAAGAGUGGCACAGGAAACAAGGUCCUCAUUUCGUGGAUAAACUGGGAUGGGAAGUUACUGAUGAGUGUAAUGUGAUGUUGAAAUGUAAGGUGGCUAAUAUUAAGAAGGAAACACACAUUGUAUGGUACAAAGAUGACAGGGAGAUAAUGGUAGAUGAAGAACAUGACUUUAAGGAUGGCGUGUGUACUCUCCUGAUAUCAGAGUUUUCUAAGAAAGAUGCUGGCACAUAUGAAGUCAUACUGAAGGACGACAGAGGAAAGGACUCCAGUGAGCUGAAGCUCAAGGACACAGCUUUUGCAGAUCUGAUGAAUGAAGUAUGCAGAAGGAUUGCUUUAUCUGCAACAGACCUGAAAAUCCAGAGCACAGCUGAGGGUAUCAGACUGUACUCCUAUGUUACUUAUUAUGUAGAAGAUUUGAGAGUAGGCUGGGUGCACAAUGAUACUCAGAUUAAGUUCACGGACCGGAUGAGGACUGGUGUCACCGGGGAGCAGAUCUGGUUGCAGAUCAAUGAGCCCACUCCACAGGACAAAGGCAGAUACAUAAUGGAACUCUUUGAUGGCAACACAACGCACAAAAAGACCGUGGAUCUUUCUGGACAAGCCUUUGAUGAAGCCUUUGCUGAGUUCCAGAGACUAAAGCAAGCUGCGAUUGCAGAGAAAAAUCGUGCACGGGUACUUGGAGGUUUGCCCGAUGUUGUCACCAUCCAGGAGGGCAAGGCACUUAAUCUUUCUUGCACUGUCUGGGGAGAUCCCACCCCAGAGGUCUCAUGGCUGAAGAAUGAAAAGUCAUUUGUAUCAGAUGCCAAUUGCAUCCUGAAGUUUGAGUCUGGAAAAAAUGUCAGCUUUUCCAUUUCUACUGUGUCCACACAAGACUCUGGGAAGUACAGCAUUGUGGUGAAGAACAAGUACGGCACAGAGACCAGCGACGUCACUGUGAUUGUGAUGCCUGUGUCAGAGCAGACUGACACAGUCCAAGGACACAAUCAAAAUAAUAAAACUGUAUCUAAAAAGAAAAAAGCAAUGACAGCAAGCAAGCAGAAGGAAGGGGGAAAGAAAGAUGUUAUUAAGCCACAUGUAGAAGAAAUUACUGCUACAGAAGAGACACCUGAUCCAAAUGAAAUACCCCCUUUGGAAACGGAAAAGGAUACAAAAAGCAACCAGCAAGCAGCAAAGAAGACUGCUGGAAAGGCAGGAGUAGCAGAAAAAGUUCCUCAACCCACAGAAAGUUUGGAUAGGCAGGGAAAGAAACCACCAGAAAAAGCAGCCUUGAGUAAACCCCACUGAACUUCAAUGAAGAAUGUGAUCCUGUCACCAACAGGACAAUAAGUUCAACCUGAGAUUUCAUGAGUGGCAUCUUAACCAUAAUAUUUUAACACGGAAGUUUAUGAAUAGGUUUUUUUGUGUAACAUUCUUAAUAUUUCCAGACUCUAAAUUUAAAUGCAUAGUAGAUGGGCACUUCAGUACCAGAUAAUGGCACUGCACUGCAGCAAUUUCUAAGUAUCUGAACAAUGAUACAUGUAUUGUCAAUGAGAAUUUAGUUACUAAAAAAUGUCCAUUAUAAGCAGAGUUCACUAGAGCAAAUCCUGUCCAGAACUGACAUAUUUACUACAGUGUAAAGGAAUGUAGGUAUCAGUUACAUGGAUGUGUUAAUCAAUAUUUAUAGGCCAUCACAGCUUGAGGCAGAUGCUGCUUGUUUUUUCAAGGAAAUGAUCUAUACAGUCCUCUUCAUGCCAUGUGGGUUCUGCUUUUCCCCAUGACCAGUUUGGCCACAGUGGAAGAUCUACAAAAACAGAACCAUCUCCUAUGGAUGCAGGGGGUGGGGCGGGCAUAAGUCAUUUUCUUUUGAUCCAAGUUUCUUUCAUGCAAACCCUUUUCAUCAGGUGGAUCAGGACUACAUCAGGCCAUUUCUUAUCACCAAGACUCACAUGACUGCUUUCCAGUCCUCUCCAUUUCAUUAAUUCCCUUAAAGCCUUCAUAAGUUACUGUGGAUAAAGCAUUAACCCAUGAAGCACCAGCUGCCCCCCAAAUGCUAAUUUUCCUCCACAGUUUUUGCCACAGCACUCACAUUUCUGAUAAACCCACUGCUCUUCUUCCUCAGUGGCUCAGCCCAAGACUAUCCCUUCAUCCACUCACUAUCAUCAAAUCCACUGGUUCUAAUAAGGGAGUGUAGCUUCAUGGUCAUGUAAGUAAGGAAUAAACUCAAGGCAAGAAUCUCUGCAUUAAAUCAUUGCUGUGCUCAUUCACAUUCACUACUGUGUUCAUUCACAUGUUUAUGCACUGAGGAUACAGGAAAAUAUGACUCAUUUGCAAAUGCUUAGAUACCAUGAAAGAAGCAGAGUUCAAGCUGAAAAACAAACCAAUAAAAAUAAAGGUCAGAAUUUAUUUUGUUGCUAUGUAAGCUAAGUUCGACUUUAAAGUGACCAGAAGUUAUAAAACAUAAGAAAUUAAAAUAAGAUAUUUUAAUUACUAGGAAAAUAGUCACAUUGUUUUCAACUUUAAGAAGGCUCAAUCAUAUUGUAUUGUCUUUUUCCAGCUGGAUUAUUGAUGAAAGGUCACUGAAUUCCAUUGGUGUUGGAAUACCAAUGGAUACAUUACUGAUGUAGAAAUACUGAAAACACCAGAAAUACCUGUUUCUAAUCCAUCCUUACAGAACUGUUAGCAUAAGAAAGCAAAGAGUCUCAAUAGCACGUAAAUGCAGAGAAGUCAAGACACUGAUAUCCCAGAUGAGAAGAAUUUAAUUUUCUUCUAAAUUCCAAUAGGAUUCUAUUAAACUCUUUAAAACCAAGAGAAAUUUUCUGGCUGGACAAAAUACUGGAUAGAACACUUAUAUGUAGGCAAGCAGAGUAAUAAUGUUCCUGUAAAUAAUGUAAAGCGUUUAAAUAACUUGGAUGGUCCCUAGUGAGUGACAGAAGGAUGUAGGAUGCAAGAGAAAAAAUUGUAGAAAUCAAAAUACUGACAUCUACACAAAAUGGUGUUGGGAGAAACUUAAAAGCAGACUGAACUACAACUAAAAUCAUCCAACAACACUUAGGUACUGUUUGACAUUAAGCUCGACUCAGUUCUCCAUCACAUCUUUUUCUAAAUCUAUGUAUUAUAGCCCAGCAGUGAAGACAUAAGUCCUUCAGAGAAAUGCAGUAAGGAGCAUUUCCAUGGCAGGACACCCCAAUGCAAAUGUACAAAUGUACACCCAAAUGUAAUUUCUCAUGCAAUUAUUACAGAAAAUUAUAAAUGUCUAGAGAUGUGCAAUUCUAGCACUCUGUCAGAGUUACAGAGAGUGUCCCUUCAAAAGCAGUAGAAAGCUGCAGGUUGUUUCACAUAAUCUCACACACACAUUUUGCCAUGGCAAUUAUUUCAAGCUGCCUUACAUCUGUAAAGAUCCAUCACCUCUCAGAGCUCCUUCGGGUGGGGAGCCUGUCUGCCACGAACACCAACGGCAGUGAAUAAGUUAUAUAUAGAACAGACUGUUCCACUGAGAGCCUGAUCCAAUUCCUGCAAAAUGCCGCAGGGGUCUCUGCAUUAGCUUUAAUAGAAAUCAAGCUAGAGCUCAGAAAAAUGUUCUAAAAAUGUCCCAAAUUUCAGAUUAAAAAGGCCAUUUUUCUCACUAUGAAGCCAAUUGCAGAUUUCUCUUUUGUGUCAUUGUAGCAGAAUCAGGUCUUAGCUUUUUGCUGCAAGAGAAAUCACUGUUUUCCUGAUAUUUCAAUUAAAACCUACUGGAAAUAGCUUUAAAAUUUUCAACUAAGAUGCACUAGAGGUAGGGGAUUUUUUUGAUAAAUUUGGAUGGUUCCUCAUAAAGCUGGAAAUGGAGUCACAUUAGUAUUGUUCUACAGGAAUACAUUUGCUAUCCAGAAGAAUAGUGUAGUUAUGCACAGUAAUGAGAUAAAUAUAGAUUACCCUCCCUUUCUUAUUUUGAUUACUUAGGCUGCAGUGGUUCACAAAUAUAUAACACAAUAUUCAAAAUUAAUAUUAACAAAAUUGUUGAGUAUGCUAAAGCUUAUUAUGUUACUGUGGUUGAAUAAUUUCUUUCUUGCAUUUAAAAUGUAUUAUUUAUAUUCUAUUCUCCAUUAUAAGUAUGAAAAAUUGUUUCAGUCUCUGUGCACUACAUAAUGAUAGAAUGCAAAUUAUUUCUGUAGCAACAGGAUCUCCUAUCAAACACAGAGAAUCAUUUGACUACAUUUAAACUUGGGCACUGGAUGCCAUGUUUAUUUUAAGUGCACUUCUCUUUAUUUUCUUAUUUCUCACCUACAUGUUCCCUUUCAGCACAUAUUACUCUUUAUAUUCAAAUUUAUAACUCUUUUAGAAAUUUAUGUUCUCGUGUAAUAAGAACUCUAUUUAACAACACAGGAAAGUGUUGCAAUAAGCUAUAUUAUCCAGUCACCUUCUAAAACCACAAAGGAUGAUUUUUGAAGAUGAAAAGGGAUGAGAAAAAUAGGCUUUGACUUCCAUGCGGUAAAGGCACUGUGAUUCCAGCUGUCCUUGAAUUCUUCUGGAUUUGUUAGCCAGUUAUUGAGGAAGAUCUGUGCUCUGAGACUGACAGACAUAAUUUGUGUAAUACAUUAAGCCAUAAUCUUUGAAGCAGCUAGCUGUAAACUGAGAUCAUCCUUAAACUAGCAUAGAGUGCACUUCUGCUCUUUGCCCUUGAACAACAACUAUAAGGUAAAUGCACAAGUGACAUCCCAUUCAGUCUGCACUUAUAGGGGACAGACACCUGCAACAAUCCUUUCCCCACAGUUUCUUGGUUUUUUAUCUGUAUGUUUUGGUCUUGCUAAAAAGACAUUAAGUUUUAAUGAACUGACACAGAAUGUCCAGGGAAAAGAGCCACAAAAGCUGUAAAGAGAAAAACGUUAGGAAAAAACUCCAUUUCACAAGGGCUUCUAAAGGUAAAGCCUUAUAAAGGUAUUGUGAGAGAGACAACAAGAGGCUGAUGGAGAGGAAGGAAGGCCUCAGAUUUGGGUGCAAUCUUCUGCUAACUUUUGCCCUUGUCUCACUUCCCAUUUCAUAAUGUGAGAGCUCUUUCCUGCAAUCUCCUUCUGCAAGUUUUCAAACGAAACACCCUUCCUUCUUUCCCAGUCUUGCAUCUUCUACCAUCCCAUUUAACACAGUUAUUUCCAUUUACCAUUUCAUCACUUAUCCUAACAGGACUGGAAUAAAACCUCCUGCUUAAUUAGGCUGUGAUUUUGGCAAGCAUAAGGAACUUCUUAACAGAAGGCCUGAAAUCCUAUCAUUAUCUAUUACCAGAAAAUGGUUUGUAAAACACUUGCUAAUGGUUGACAAUGAAUGGAGAAAUAUUGCUUAUAUGAGACUUGAUUUGAGUGUGCUGGCUUAACCAAAUAUGUUAACUCUACACACAAGUCCGUGAACUUUUGGAACUAUUGAUGUGCUUAAAAAUUUUGGUGCAUCAGGAUACAGUUCCUCAC